AUGAUUUCGAGGUUGCUGCUGGGGGCCCUGGAUGCUUGGCAACUGUUGCCCCACGCAUUGCUGCUCCAUCUUACAUUCGAUCGCUCAGAUCAAUGUCAGGAUCUCACACGCCAGGAAGCAGCCGAGUGGCAUCGAGGGCGAGCCGAGCUGGCCGGUCUGUCUAUGCCGUAUGACAUUUCAAUACUAUUGCGAUCGACUUCCACUACUCUUCCAAUAGUGUCGUGGCAGAAUCACGGCGUUUGCAUCUCGCGCGGUCGCCGGCGCAAGAAGUGCAAAUGCAUGACCGACUUGAGCGGCCUGAAGCGAGCAGCCGUCACCCUAGCGGCAGCGGCAACGGCAACCAUGGGAAAACGUCAUUCUCAGAUGCUUUUGAAUCUCACGACAUUAAACACUUGGACACCGCGCUUAUCGGGAUCACAGCAGGAUCCAUAG